ACUCCACUUGAAAGUACCCUGGAAUAAUGGAAUCCAGCUGUUCGCUGGUAAACUACCUUUUAAAGUAAUUUUUUACUAAAAGUUUGUCCAGACAGAAAAGUUUGGCUCUGGCAGCUGAUGAUAGGGAAAAAAAAGCAAAGAGAAGAAAAAAAUCACAAAGAUCGUGGACUUUAUAUAGAAGACAGUCUUAAAAUCCAGAAGUUUAUAAAAGUUGACAGGUGUGCGUAAGGACUUGGCUGCGUCUUUAAAAAAAAACUUGGUUUCUGGCAUAAGCGUCUGUCAUUUUUUUUCCGCCUUACAUUAGCCAUUGAGUUGAUAAGUGAGAUCGUUGGGUCGGGGCACGGAGGAGAGAGAAGAGAGCGCUUUGGAUCGGAAUGUGGAAGCCACUGUGUGAUUAUCUGGUGAAAAUGCUGGCACAUCAGGGUCCCCGCACUGCGUGGUAGACGGCAGCUGCGACCGAGUCAGCGCAGAGAAGCCCAGUGCGUGUCUUGUCUGCUCGCCCCGACAGCGCUCACACACGGUGCCCCUCAAAUGUCCCUGUCAUUAGCACUCCUGCUAAUAUCGGCUCUCAACUUCCGCCAUCAUGGAUCGGAAGCCCAAAUCAACAAGUUCCAGCCCUCAAGUAACAAGGAACCGAACGGAGUGCACGAUCAUCAGCAUGAAAAAAUUAUUACAAUUUCGGAGGAUGGAUUUGUGCAGAGUCCCCGAUUUCCUCAGAGCUACCCUCGGGAUGUGGUGCUGGUGUGGAGACUAAUAGCAGCUGAUGAGAAUAUGCAAAUACAGCUCACCUUCGAUGAAAGGUUUGGACUUGAGGAGCCCGAGAACGGAUUGUGCAAGUUUGAUUUUGUGGAAAUUGAAGAUUUAAGUGACGGCACCAUUAUUGGACGGUGGUGUGGUGCCAAUGAAGUUCCAGGAAUACAAACAUCAAAGGCAAACCAAGUCAGGAUACGAUUUCAAUCCGAUGAGUAUCUGGCAUCAAAACCAGGCUUCUGCAUUUACUAUACACUUUUAGAAUCUCAGGCCCACUUUGAAAAUCCAACAAUAGCACCACCGUCACUAUCGUUGGAUAACUUAAAUGAGGCUGUCUCAGGCUUUGAUACAGUUGAAGAGCUGAUCAAGUACCUGGAACCAGAGCGAUGGCAACUUGACUUGGAAGACUUAUACAAACCGACCUGGCAGAUGCUCGGAAAGGCUUUUGUGCAUGGUAGAAAAUCCAGAGUGGAUCUGAACUUGCUCAAAGAAGAGGUGAAGCUCUACAGUUGCACGCCACGUAACACAUCAGUGUCUCUGCGAGAGGAACUCAAACGGACCGAUGCUAUCUACUGGCCUGGCUGUCUACUGGUAAAGCGCUGUGGGGGCAACUGUGCCUGCUGCUCACUUGGUUGCCAAGAUUGUCAGUGUAUCCCCACCAAAGUCUCUAAAAAAUACCACGAGGUUCUCCAGCUACGAUACAGGAGCCCUGGGAAACCACUGCAAAAAUCUCUUGCAGACGUGGGACUGGAGCACCAUGAUGGAUGCAGCUGUGUGUGCAAAGGAAAAGCAGGAGGUUAAAUCAGUUUGCUCUUUCAAAGCAUUUACCUUACAGAGAAUUAAACCUUAGAGCAAUGGAGCCCUUUGUGCAUAUCUUUCGCAGAAAUUACAGUCAUCUCAGUUUUUGAUUUUCCACUUCCUGACUUUUUAAUGCAUCUUAAAAGAUCGGCUCUCUUUGUCUACGAAUGGAACUGCAAAAUAUUUAUACAGCGGAAGAGUUCAGCAGCCAAAUGAAGUUUGAAUUGCUGGGCAACAGCAAAGAAAAUGGCUCUUACAUUGUUCAUCUGGUUCUCUUCCUCUCUUUCAUCUUUGAAGGAAUAAAAAUGUAAUUUAGUUCUCUGUUCCAGUUCUGAAUCUAGUAAAAGUUCAGAAAAUGUUUUUUUUUUCAGGAAAAGCACUUCAUCUGGAGUCACUUACUGUUUACAUCAUUAACUUUGUGAGUUAAUAAUAUUUCUAGCAAUGUUGCUGAAAACUUCCAAGGAACUCACUUUGUUUUGCGCCGCUUCACCUUUGAGUGACAUUUUGUCCUUCGAGCAAUAAACUCUUCUCCGUGCACAGUUUUUAAAAAAUAUUUGUCCUUCUGUGACUUCAGCUGCAAUGGCCCAUCACAAGUAUCCCAGUGAGGAAAAUGUUGGGUAAAUGCAGAAUAUGAUGAAAUUGAGGACCUACUUUGAUAGACUUUUACUCUGAGGGCAUUGCCUGAAAGUGUGUACAUUUUUCAAAUCUUCUCAUCUAGGCUAUUGUGGCUUAAGCUUUUUAUAUCACGUUGAAUGUAUCUAUUUUGUACCAAACCUAUUUAAGAAUUUAGCUUUUCAGAUUUUCAUAAUUUGCAAUACUUUGCAAAAAAAGGGAAAUGGGUUGAUGUGAUUAAAAGCACUACCAUAUCAUUGCACUGCUCGGAUUGGUGCUUUGUAUGGAAGCUACUGUUCCAAAGAUCGUACUAACUAGAAUUUUGUCUCAGUUAUUGACUUUAUUCAUAAAAUGGUUGCAUCUGUAUUUUAGUUCCAUCUCAUUUUUUUUUGUCUUCAUUGCAAAGGCAUUAAAAUGAGAAAAUAUAUUGACUUACAAUUGACGUGUAUUCACUCAGUGUCAACAGUCAAUUACUAAGCAAGCUGGUAAAUAAUGAUUGUUCAAGCAGAGCAACUGGAUUAUCAAAAUGUUCAUAACAAAAAAAAAGACCGGUUCCCUUGAAUAUUGGAAAUAAUUUUCAGCUAAAAAUCCAUGCUCAGAAAGUCUGUGGCAUUCAAUUUCAACACAAAACUGCAUCACCCUAAUCUGUCACACAUUGAUAUUUAUUUAAUUUUAAAUUAAAUGUUUAAAAACUCAUGUAUAUCAGCUAAUGUAGCAGAAACUACAACUGUAAAAGUUACCAAUAUUUCUAUAUGUUAUUCUUGAUUUUUGGCCACAAAAUAAUCAAUUAACUGCAUAUUUAUUCUGUAUAUAGUGCUGUAAUGACCUUGAUAUUCAUUCAAAACACGAAACCCAAUCUCCCGUAGGAAAAAUGUGUGAAAGAAUAAUCAGUGCUUACUUCAGACAAAGGAAGAGAUAGA